AUUCAUUUUACCCCAUCACUAAAAACCAAGCGUCUCACGUCUGUGCUUUGCUUGCUUGUCGUUUGCUUGUCGUUCUAUUACAGCGUGGGUUGGUAGCUCGUUUUGUAUUUUUUCUCUUUUCUUAUCAAAUUAUAUCAGAUAUGCGGAAACGUAAGUCACUGAAGAAAAAUGACGAGGACUCAGAUGGCUCAGAACAAGGCGGAGAGCCAGAAGAAUUCCAAGAUUCUGGUGAGGAUUGGACACCGGAUGCCGAUUCUAACGAAACACCAGCCCGCGCCGGACGUAAACGCACAUCAAAAGCAUCCCUGAAUAACACCAAAAAGAAACGCAAAAAUUCAACAUCUGAAGAAAGUGAAGGUGAAGGUGAAGAAGAUGAGGCGGAGGAUGAAGAGGGCGACCUUGACGAGGAGGAAGGCUCUGAGGAUGAGAAAAAUGGCUCUGACGGGAACAAGUCAGACUCCAGCCAAUCAAAAGAUAUACCAAAGCAUUUCCAUUCUGGGAACUUUGUUUUGCUGAAAUCGGAUGUGAAAUGGGAUGGAGAUACAGUAAUAUCGAAGUUGGAUGAAUUAAAUUUAUGGAAAAUAGAUGGAAAAGCAUUACUACAGAAAUUCAUACCAAUGGAAUCAAGUGGAAGAAUUUUACACAAAUGCACUUGUGUGUACUCUGGAUGGAAUGUUGAUAACCGAGACAACUACUACCCCAUUACAGAAAUACUUGAUCGCAAUCCACGUACUGAAUCGAAGGAGAUAUGUGUAGCAUUAGACCUAAAUGACCUUAUCAAAGUAAGAGAUAAGUAAAUACACAGUGUUUUUUACUUAAUUCAAUUAGAUAAGUCAAAUAAAUUUAUAUAAAAUAAAACUUUUUUUUGGCACUUCAUUCCAGAUUACUUUGUGUAAUACAAAUAUUUUAUAAAAAUGGAAAAUAAAUGUUCAUCACUUCAA